AAAGUCUAACGAGCUAGAUGAAAAACAGCUUUUAACAAAGCAAGUUGAUUCAUUAGCUUUAUUGGGCCACAUAAGUUAUGUGUUGGCGUGUCUUCGCAGAUACAAAAUAAAAUCCGUUUUGAAACCAGAAUAUGCUUCAAUAUGUGUUGAUGAUGGCACGCAAAGAAAAUAUAUGUUUGGCGAUGAUUUACCCAAACGAUUAAAAGACGCCAAAGAGGCGAGCAAUGUGGGGCUAGCUGUGAAUACGAGCAAUUCAAGAACCAACAACUAUCGGGGGCCAAAAAGCUAUGACCAGCGAAAUUGGCGCCAAACACGUGGGGGGCAUAAUUACCAUGGUGGCAGUUCACGGUCGGAUUUUCCCAGCGAGGAAAAUAGAACUACAAGGGGAAAAUGGUGCAAAAUACCAACCACCUCGCAAGAAAUAAUCGCUCACUUAAAGACAAUAAAUUCAUCUGUUUCUCCAGUAAGUAAAUGGAAAAUUUCUAUUCCUAUUUUAAAGGAUUAUUUAAAACAAUUAUGUGCCAGUUCAAAAGCUGGUCGUAUCUCAAUUCAUUUUUCUGCCUGGAUAAGCAUAACAUCAGAUAAAGAGAUCUUAUCUGAUACUCAGGGCAUGACCAUUGAAUUAUCAGAAAUGCCAGCCCAACAUCCCUUUGUCCAAACAAAAUUUAACAGUGCAGAAACUGAGAUCAUUGAGACAGAAAUCAACAAAAUGUUGGGAAAAGAAAUUAUAGAACAAGUCGAACGUACAAAAGAUGAAAUUAUCUCAAACAUUUUUACAAGACCUAAAAAGGAUGGGACUCAUAGAGUGAUCAUUUAUCUAAAAGAUUUCAAUAAACAUGUAUCUUACUAUCAUUUUAAAAUGGAUUAA